AUGUACGGCGGCGACAGCGAGGUCGAAGAUCUUAACUCCAAACUCAAGUUCGGAAAGGCCUACGCCAUUGAUGAGGAGCACGAUUACAGGUUCCGUGUCUUCAAGGCUUACCUCCGUAGAGCCAAGCGCCAGCAGAAGCUUGAUCCCGGCGCCGUCCAUUGCCUCACAUUGUUCUCCGAUCUCACCGAGUUCAAGUUCCGUACACAUUUCGUCGGAGUGAAUCGGCUCCGUCCUUCUGCCGAUUCUCAGAAGGUUCCGAUCCUUCCUAUUGGCGACCUAGCCUCCUACUUCGAUUGGCGUUACCACGGUGCCGUCACGCUGGUCAAAGAGCAGGAUUCACGUGGCUUGCGCUGGUCUUUGAGUGAGUAA